CCACACUGCCCCAAGUCCUAGACCCUAGCUUAAGGAGGUCAUAGAAACCGGAACUCUUUUCGGUAGAUGCGUUUGGCUUCACCUUAGUCGCUCCUUCUUAGCCUCGCCCAACCCCUCAAUUGACCAAUCGCGGCUCCCAAAUACUUGUUUUGCUGAUGUCAUCUUCCAGCCAAUCGGGCGGUGGGCUGGGGCUGUGUGCGCACAUCCACUUCGCGCCGCAGAGGCAGGGCUUCUUUUCGCCCCAGCCUAAGCGAGAGCGGAGCAUGAGGGUUGGAGAGGGAGUUCUCGUCCCCAGGCCGCUCUUGGGUUCCUCUUCUGACAGCUACUGCACCAUCCCAUCAGUUCUCCCCUACCCCUGGGCUAGACUACCUCUCUUUAAUUAAUUCACAGUUAAUCCCUAACCCUCGUUUUACAGACGAGGAAACGGGCUGGGAGUGUUAAAGUAACUUGCUCAACUUCUUGGUUUCCAUGCGCUGGUCCUUCUGAGUUUUAUGCACUGUCUGGUGGAGGAGGGUGGGUUGUGGGUGGUGGAAGGCUUCUUCCCUCCUUGUGGAGCUGGUCUCUGGGUAAGGAUUCCCUGACCCCAUAGCUUCAGUAACCACCUUCCUACAGCUUCUAAUUCUCUAUGGGACCUUCAUCCUCCUGUUUUGCUUUCAUUCAUUCACGUAGCAUUAAAGCUCAUUUUGAAGAAUGGCCCCUGAAAAGACCCUGCUGUCUCUCUAGGAGGAAGUGGUGGCUGCUUUAGACCCCGGGGUUGGGGCGGGGGUAGGGAGGCUAACCCUUUCUCUCCAAAGAGGAGCCCCACCUCCUCAGAGCAGGGGCUGGCCUGUGCUAUUUCUGUCCUUUCUGGGAUUCUUCUGAGAACAGAUUUUUGUUUUCAGUCUGAUGUAGUUUUGAAACUUUUCCCUCGGUCUCUCACCCAGUUCCCAGAGGCUGGGUCUCUGCCUAAUGACGCCCCCCUUCCUGCAGCGAGGCUCCUCCUUGUUCACCUCCCCAGAGAGUUAGUUUACUCAGCUCUGCUGGGGCCUGGAAGAGGAAGUCAGGGGCUCAAGAGGGAGUCACUCCCCUCAGGGGCCCUGGGGCCCCAGGGCCAGCAUUUUGAGCCUCUGAGGUAGGAAAAUUUGAUUCCUAUGGCAACCCCUGUUCCUGUGCAGAGGAGCCACCUCCAGGGCCCGAUCCUCAGGCUGCGCUACAUGGUGAAGCAAUUGGAGAAUGGGGAGGUAAACAUCGAGGAGCUGAAGAAAAACCUGGAAUACACAGCUUCUCUGCUGGAGGCUGUCUAUAUAGACGAGACACGGCAAAUCUUGGAUACGGAUGAUGAGCUGCAGGAGCUGCGGUCAGACGCUGUGCCUUCGGAGGUACGGGACUGGCUGGCCUCCACCUUCACCCAGCAAGCCCGGGCCAAAGGCCGCCGAGCAGAGGAAAAGCCCAAGUUCCGAAGCAUUGUGCAUGCUGUGCAGGCUGGGAUCUUCGUAGAACGGAUGUUCCGGAGAACGUACACGUCUGUGGGCCCCACCCAUUCCACGGCGGUCCUCCACUGUCUCAAGAACCUGGACCUCUGGUGCUUUGAUGUCUUUUCCUUGAACCGGGCAGCAGAUGACCACGCCCUGAGGACCAUUGUUUUUGAGCUGCUGACUCGGCAUAGCCUCAUCAGCCGCUUCAAGAUUCCCACUGUGUUUCUGAUGACUUUCCUGGAUGCCUUGGAGACGGGCUAUGGGAAGUACAAGAAUCCUUACCACAACCAGAUCCAUGCAGCUGAUGUUACCCAGACAGUCCAUUGCUUCUUGCUCCGCACAGGGAUGGUGCACUGCCUGUCGGAGAUUGAGGUCUUGGCCAUCAUCUUUGCCGCAGCCAUCCAUGACUACGAGCACACAGGCACUACCAACAGCUUCCACAUCCAGACCAAGUCAGAAUGUGCCAUCCUGUACAAUGAUCGUUCAGUGCUGGAGAAUCACCACAUCAGCUCUGUUUUCCGAAUGAUGCAGGAUGACGAGAUGAACAUUUUCAUCAACCUCACCAGGGAUGAGUUUGUAGAGCUGCGUGCCCUGGUCAUUGAGAUGGUGUUGGCCACAGACAUGUCCUGCCACUUCCAGCAAGUGAAGUCCAUGAAGACAGCCUUGCAGCAACUGGAGAGGAUCGACAAACCCAAGGCCCUGUCUCUACUGCUCCAUGCUGCUGACAUCAGCCACCCAACCAAGCAGUGGUCGGUCCACAGCCGCUGGACCAAGGCCCUUAUGGAGGAAUUCUUCCGUCAGGGUGACAAGGAGGCAGAGCUGGGCCUGCCCUUUUCUCCGCUCUGUGAUCGCACUUCCACUCUCGUGGCACAGUCCCAGAUUGGUUUCAUUGACUUCAUUGUGGAGCCCACGUUCUCUGUGCUCACUGAUGUGGCAGAGAAGAGUGUGCAGCCCCUGGCAGAUGAGGACUCCAAGUCUAAAAACCAGCCCAGCUUCCAGUGGCGCCAGCCUUCUCUGGAUGUGGAAGUGGGAGAGCCCAAUCCUGACGUGGUCAGCUUCCGCUCCACUUGGACCAAGCACAUUCAGGAGAACAAGCAAAAAUGGAAGGAACGGGCAGCAAGUGGUAUCACCAACCAGAUGUCCAUUGAUGAGUUGUCCCCAUGUGAGGAGGAGGAGGCCCUGUCCUCCCCUGUGGAAGAUGAACACAAUCAGAAUGGGAAUCUGGACUAGCCCUAGUGGGGUGGCCCAGGUCCUCAUUAAGUCUAAAGUCAUCAGCACCAUCCAUCGGGACCGGCUCCCCCAUCUGCUCCAAGGGAUUCCAGAGGUCGUGGAACAGAUAACCCACCUGAAGGCCAAAUGCCAGAGAUUGUGGGGUUGGGGGAAGGGCACCUCCCCACCUGAUACCCAUUAGGGCGCACUUUAAUCUCCCGGCAGCAAGACUGGGGAACUUCAGGCUCCCAGUGGUCACUGUGCCCAUCCCCCUUCCUCUGGACUCCCCCUUGGUCAAUUGUCUGGCUGGGAGGGGGGAGCUUCCUAGAGGUUUCCCAGGGCCUGGGGGGAGGGUCAGAGUUGCCAGCCCCCCUGGCCCUCCCCCUUCCUUUUUGCCUCCAAGUUUCUAAGCAAUACAUUUUGGGGGUUCCCUCAGCCCCCCACCCCAGAUCUUAGCUGGCAGGUCUGGGUCCCCCUUCUCCCCUGGGACAGGCUGGAAUAGAACAGAAAGCUGGGGGUUUUCAGAGCUCUUACAUGUGGGGAGGGGAGUGGGCUCCUUCAGGGCAUGGUACCUUUCUGGGGCCUAGGAAUGGGGGACAACCACUUUACCCCAGACCUGCACUGCUUCAGCCCUGUCCCCAGCCCAACGCUCUGCAAUCUUCCCUCUCUCCCAUUCUGAAAAUAGAGACUGGGGAAGAGAGGAGCCAUUGGGACCAGGGGCUGAGGGGAGUCCUUCUCCGGGUUCCUUAAGAGCUUGGGACUGGUCUGAGUCCCUGGGACUUGUCACCUGCCCUGGCUGAGUCCUGAGCUCUUUGCCUCCUUCCUCUCCCUACCAGGGCUGGGUGGCUCCUAUCCGACCAAUGUCUGUAAAGUGCUUUGAGGUCUUCCCAGCAAAGCACCUUCAGGAUGCAUCUUAUGAGCACAGGCAGGAGACCAGCUGGUUUGGGGUCAAAGGUGCAGUGGGGAGGGUGAGGUAUAAUCCAGUAAUUCGGGGUUGCUAACAGAGAGGGUCCCUCUUCUCCUCCAGCCCCUUGAACUGGCCCAGAAGCAGGCACCAAGAGGCCCCUCCUCUGGGACAAAUGGGGAGUGGCUGGUGGAAGGCUGAUGGGGGAGGGGCUCAGGGCUGUUGCUGUCUUGUCCUCUGAAUGGAGCCUAGCCAGGUCCACUGCCCCUUCUUCUCCUCAGGUUCCUCCUCACCCCCACCUUGCCCCAGGAAAGGCCCAAAUCCAGGUGAUUGCCCUCCUCCUUUCUUGUAAAUACCAACCACACAUUUGUACAGUGGGCCCUGUUUGUGUGAUGUCCAUAUCCAUGAUCCCUGACAUUUGUCCCUCCCACCCCACCCCAAGUGGGGCAGAGACGCAUGUGACUCACCCCUGCCCUUGGUCUCCCAGACCCCUGCUAUAGCCAGAGAUCAAUAAAGAAGGG